AUUUCUUCAAUACAAGUUUCAAAACAAAUCUCAAUCUUGCCCGUCUCCUUCUCUCUUUCGCCUGCUGCUUCUUCAAUCGACCUUCUGAAAAACUCAAGACUCUAAUACAAAUAUCGCAAAAAACUAUCAUAUGUAUUCAGAUCAUCUCUCCUUAUCAUCGCCCCGUCCGUUUCGUUGACUGUUAUUACUCUAAAGUCAAACCUCUUAUAACUAAUCUAAGAUAGCAGACCACAUUAAAGAAAGAAACCAACCUCAACGUUCACAUAAGCCGCAAACCGCACGAUCCGAACCCUCCCUUUCAUCCGGUAGCCAUUGAACAGCACCUUCAACUCUCCAAAAUUGCAAGCCCUAGUGUCAUGAUCACAUGCUCUCGGGUGCACUGUAAGAGAAAACAUGAUCAGCCAAGCCAACGGUAUGAUUUCCACAUCAUCUGCAUCGGUCAACGCGCAGUCUCCCGGUCUAAAGACCUAUUUCAAAACCCCAGAAGGAAGGUAUAAGCUUCACUAUGAAAAGACCCACCCUUCUGGUCUCCUUCACUACGCACACGGCAAAACUGCCACUCAGGUUACUCUAGCUAAUCUCAAGGAUAAGCCAGCGCCAUCAACACCAACGGCCCCACCUUCAAGCUUCAGUGCUAGCAGUGGGGUACGCUCGGCUGCUGCUAGGUUGCUGGGUGCUGGGAAUGGAAGUCGUGCACUUGGUUUUGGUGGAGGAAAUGGUGGGAGUAAAAGUCUUAGUGGGAGUAGUAGGAUUGGUUCCUUGAGUGCUUCAAGUUCUAGUAAUUCAAUGAAUAAUACGAAUUUUGAUGGUAAAGGGACUUACUUAAUCUUCAAUGUAGGGGAUGCUAUCUUUAUAAGUGAUUUGAACUCUCAAGAUAAGGACCCAAUAAAGUCUAUUCAUUUCAGUAAUUCAAAUCCUGUGUGCCACGCAUUUGACCAAGAUGCAAAGGAUGGCCAUGACUUGCUUAUUGGGUUGAAUUCUGGUGAUGUCUACUCAGUGUCACUGAGACAGCAAUUACAGGAUGUAGGGAAGAAGCUUGUUGGGGCUCAGCACUAUAACAAAGAUGGCUCUGUUAAUAACAGUCGUUGUACAAGUAUUGCAUGGGUUCCCGGAGGGGACGGUGCUUUUGUUGUUUCUCAUGCCGAUGGCAGUUUGUAUGUGUAUGAAAAGAACAAGGAUGGUGCCGGUGAUUCUUCAUUCCCAGUUAUUAAAGAUCAAACUCAAUUUUCUGUUGCUCAUGCACGUUACAGUAAGAGCAACCCUGUUGCCAGAUGGCAUAUCUGUCAGGGUUCAAUUAAUGGCAUUGCCUUCUCAAGUGAUAGUACCUACUUGGCAACCAUUGGAAGAGAUGGUUAUUUACGAGUUUUUGACUAUUCAAAAGAACAACUUAUAUGUGGGGGCAAAAGCUACUAUGGUGCUUUAUUAUGUUGUGCUUGGAGCAUGGAUGGAAAAUACAUUCUGACUGGUGGUGAAGAUGAUUUAGUUCAAGUUUGGAGUAUGGAAGACCGCAAAGUUGUAGCUUGGGGUGAGGGGCACAAUUCUUGGGUCAGUGGUGUAGCUUUUGAUUCAUAUUGGUCAUCGCCAAAUUCAGAUGGCACAGGGGAGACUGUCAUGUACCGGUUUGGCUCUGUUGGUCAGGAUACACGGUUGCUUCUGUGGGACCUAGAAAUGGAUGAAAUUGUAGUGCCAUUACGCCGUGGCCCUCCUGGAGGUUCCCCCACUUUCAGUACUGGAAGCCAGUCAUCCCAUUGGGACAAUGUCUGUCCAGUAGGGACAUUACAACCUGCUCCAAGCAUGAGAGAUGUGCCAAAGCUCUCACCUCUAGUUGCUCACCGGGUUCACACUGAACCCCUGUCAGGUUUGAUAUUUACCCAGGAAUCUGUUCUUACUGUCUGCCGUGAGGGACACAUAAAAAUCUGGAUGAGACCUGGAGAUGCUGAAAACCAAUCUGGCAACUCUGAAAUUGUGUUAAGUGCCAGUUCAAAGGAAAAGCCAUUAUUGUCAGGCAAGUUUGGCGGUUCUAGUUACAGGCAAUAGCAUAUGAAGAUCUUCUUUGUCAUGGUGUUGCAUUUCUAUUUGCUAGCAUUGUCGUUGAUCUCUUUCCAACUAGUUGGUUCUCUCAGGACUAGCUUUGUUUAAACAUAAUCUGGCUGCAGUGAGGUUAACCAACUGGUUCCAUUGUAUAUUCAAGGUCAAAAAUGCCAUCGCAGGCACUAAAGAGUUUUGGAGGAAGAGAAAAACCUCCUUUGUAAGUACAAACGGCUUAUGCUAGGGUAUAUUUAAUGACACUGACUGGAAUAAUGUGAAGUUGCUUCUUUAAGGAGUUGGAUGACUCUGAGGUCCAUUCAAGUGAUUAUUUAUUCUAUUGUUAAAUGCUUUGUUACAACUACCGUAUAUUUUUUUUGUUUAGUACCUCAAAGACGGGCAUGUUCAGAUACCAUUGGCCCAUUGUGCAUGGCUAAUUGUGUUUUCUGUGACUUUGGAGAAGUUUGUCAUUGAAUUUCAACAUAAGAUUUGUGAUAUGUAUUAGACUCCUCGACUUAGGGUGUCCUGGGUUUUGCAUCUUAAGCGAAAUGGGAAAUGUGUACAUUACUAAA